AUGCAGGAGCUCCCAGAUCACGCUGCGGACGAGCCGCACGCCCCGACAGCCCACGCGGCCGGCGCCGCGGCCGCGGGCGCCGCGGCCGCGGCGGGCGCUGCCGCUGCUGCCGCGGAGGCGCCGCCGGCAGUGGAUGCCGUGGCGGCGGUCCUCAAGGGGAACGAGGCCCUGCUUACCGCCAAGGAGCUUGAGCUGGUGCGGGCGCUGCUGCAGGAGGGCCAGGGGCAUGUGUUUGAGGCUUGGCCCGCACCCGGCACCGGCGACGCCGACAAGCGGCGGCUGGUGGCCCAGCUGGUGCAGCUUGACGCGUCGUACCACGGCGGGCUGACCGCCUACAUAGGCAACGCCAAGGAGCUCCUCAGGGACUCUAGGGAGGGCCGCAACCCCUUCGACGGCUACACGCCCUCUGUGCCCGAGGGCGAGAACCUGGACUUUGGCAGCCGGAGGUUCCUGGAUCUGGAGGAGGGCGGGCUGGCCGCCGCGGCCAGGGCCGCCUUUGUGCUGGUGGCAGGCGGCCUGGGGGAGCGCCUCGGCUACUCGGCUGUACAUUGA